UCAGUCAGACUUAUUUCGAAGGCAAAUGCAUGGAGGAGCCGGUUAGCAGUAAACGUCAAACCAGUGCAAGCAGUGGUGCAAAGAAAAGCAGGCUUAUUGCUUCUCCUUACUGCCGACAACGCAUCGAGAAACUUAAGUCCGUUAAGUUUAUUAUUCUUCUUCACAGGUCGGCUUGGCCUGACGCGUCGCACCAGCCAGCCGCGCACGGUGCCGCGCCCCCAGCUGGCUACACAGGAGGGAGGGCGGGCAGAGCGCGCACGGGCAGCGCUGCGUUCGAAUCGUGCCGUUCGGCGGGCUGAAGUGACAAUGAUGUCAGGAAAAACCCUAAAGUCGCGCGCAACUGCGGAAACUGCUGCCAAAAGUAAUACACGUAAACCCCAAGAGUUGGCGUGGUACGCCAUCGUAAUUAUCGGAGGCUUCCACAUUACCGCAGCAUGGGUGCUGCUUACUACACGAUUCAGCCUACCUAUGUGGGCAUACGUGUAUGUGUAUGGAAGUCUGACACUGUUUGGAACAACUGCUGGUGCACAUCGGCUCUGGACCCACCGAACGUAUAAGGCGAAGUUCCCCCUGCGAGUUCUAUUGACGUUCCUCCACGUAUCGUCUGCUCAGACAUCCGUCCUCCAGUGGGUGCGAGACCACCGGGCGCAUCAUAAAUACGUGGACACUGAUGCAGACCCUCAUAACUCAAAGAGAGGUUUUUUCUACUGUCACAUAGGCUGGACUAUGAUGCACAGACAUCCAGAGGUGAAACGGCAGGGGGCCAAAAUUGACUUCAGUGAUGUAUUGGCGGACUCUGUUGUGCAGUUCGAGCAUCGGUUCCAUUAUCUUUUUGUUCUUUUAUGCGCCUUUAUUAUCCCUACCGUCAUACCAGUCGUUGCUUGGGACGAGACGUGGACAGUCUCUUCUCUGGCAAGCAUUGUACGAGUUGUGGUGUUCAUUAACAUUACAAUGACUGUUAAUAGCUUUGCCCACAUGUUUGGAGAUAGACCUUACAAUAAGCAAAUCUGCCCAACAGAGCUCUGGAUGGUAUCAUUUCUAGCUAUGGGGGAGGGAUGGCACAACUAUCACCAUACCUUCCCAUGGGACUACAAAACAUCUGAGCUGCCCUAUUAUUGUAAUUUCACAACUUUUGCUCUCGAUGGUUUUGCGAAAGUGGGAUGGGCAUACGACUUCAAGUCGGCCAGCAAAGAAUUGGUUGACUCGGUGGCAUCACAACAUGGGGACGGGUCACGGUCAACAGCUAUGGGGCGUCCAAUAAUGAUUCAUGAAUUCGGACUUGCGACCUAAAACCGUACAGUUUGCUUUACCUCACCCUGUAAAUCAAUCGUUUAUUCAAUGACAACGUGUGACUUUUUAAAAUAACAUUUUGUAGGUUGGACCACCCUAAUUAAAUUUAAACUUAAAAAAAUACAAAAUAAGUGCACUGUAAAAAGUCGCGGGUAACUUUGUGUAAACUUUGUGUAAAAUUUUGCGGAACUGCAAUUGUAAUUGUAAAUGUAUUUUGCAUGUCUAAAGGGGUCAUAAACCAUUUUUUCGCAUUCUUUCGUACAUUUACCAAGCCAUUGUUUAAAAAUUUAUUAAAAACUUAGCCAAUUUCGGGAUAUUUGUUGUAGUAUUACUAUGGCGUGUUUGUGUAUCCCAUACUGCAUCCAAUACUUUGAAUUCAUAAAAUCAGGUAAGAGUUGAA